AUGCAUCGAAGGAGAACUACUAGUAGACGGACCUCCCCUGCCAUGAAAAUUAGUCAUCAACCUCCGAGGCUUCUCAUUGUGCACAUUGCUAUACCUUCCUGGGCUGACAUCUGCCCUAACCUCUGUGAGGCCUUGCAGAACUUUUUCUCGCUAGCCUGCAGUCUGAUGGGCCCCAGCCGAAUGUCUCUGUUCAGCUUAUACACAGUACAGAACCAACAUGAGUGUGUCCUCCCAUUUGUGCAAGUGAGAGGGAACUUCAUUAGGCUGCAGGCCUGCAUCUCAGAGCUUCGCAUGUUAGAGAUAGAAGGUUGUCACAGACCACAUCACACCUCACUACCACUGGCAGUAGAGGAUGGGCUCCAGCAGUUCAAACAGUAUAGCAAUCAUUUGGCCACAAAUGCUGCUCAGCCCUGUACUUCCCUGGAGAUUACUGUCCUGACUUCUGAGUGUGGAAAAGAAGUGGUCAAAGAACUGGAGGAAGGGUUGAAAGAUAUCAACCUACUUAGCGUCAGAAGACUGCAGGUGGUUGAGGUCAUAAAAGGCAUCCAAGAGCAUACAGACUCACCAUCUCCUAUUGAAGAACCCAGCAAUGAUGAGAGUUCUAUCCUGGAAGCUGACAUUGUCCUUGAGACUCUAGACAACGAUGUUGUCAGCAUGGAGGUCUUCUUCAAAGCCUGGCUGCAUAACAGUGAAACUGACCGGGAAAACAUCCACCUUUUUCUUACUCCACAGAGUCUUUCUCCUUCUUCCAGAGCCAAGGAUAAUCCAAUAUGUCUGAAAUGUGAUCUCCAAGAGCGAUUUCUCAGCCCAUCCCUGCUUCCUGGUACAGCUGAUGGCAUGUCGAGAAUAGAUGACCCCAAAGGAGACAUCAGCACGCUCUACCAGAUGGCAUCCCUGUCUUCAGACUCUCCGUAUAAGUUGCAAGUGAUCAAGGCUCUGAAAUCUAGUGGGAUCUGUGAGUCCCUGACCUAUGGACUGCCCUUCAUCCUCAGACCCACAAGCUGCUGGCAGCUGGACUGGGAUGAGCUGGAAACAAAUCAACAACAUUUUCAUGCCCUGUGUCACUGCUUGCUGAAAAGAGACUGGCUGCUGUUAGCCAGAGGGGAGCCCCUGAUCCCCAGACACAACCAGAAUCUCCCUGCCUGCAGCUUCUAUGUGAUCACACCUUCUCACUCUCUCACACUGCUGGUGAAGCUGGUGGCCACGAGGGAGUUGAUGCUGCCUGGCUUCUUCCCCCUGCUCUCUGAGGACCCACCUGAAGACAGCCUAAAGAUCAUAGAGGGCACACUAGACAGCCUGGAUCUGGGGCUCACCUACAACCCUCUACAAGUAGGGAGCCACCUGUACUCACAGCUGAGCAGCGCCCACGCCAAGCCUCAUGGACGGCUCUACACAAAAAGCUGGGCAAGCCGGGGCCUUAGAAAGGGGAGUCAGCUGCAGACCAACAGAGCCCGAGCCACAGUGGUUCCCCUACCAGUGGCUCCUGCUCCAUGUAGAGCUCUGAAGAAGUCAACAGCUGGCAAAGCUUCCUCAGGAACCUUCAAACUGCCUUCUGAUUCGGAGGAGGAGUAUCUGAUGGAAGGGGUUGUCUCAGCAGGCCCAUGCCGAGGCAUCUCUUCCCCCUGAGGGACC